AUGGUUGUAGGCAUGACUUUUGAAGGCACAGGAGCCGCUUUCGGUCAUUUGAAAAAGUGGACGUGUACUUUGCACUCUGGACAUAGGGCGCAUCCGUUGGCGUCAAGAACCGACUCUGACAUUGGUGCCAUAUUACUUCCCUGUCAAGAUGACCAGUUCUGCUGGUUCCAUUUUCAUGUCAAAAAUCUGAAAAACAUUUUUCAUAGCUGGGAGUCCGGCUGGGUCACAUGGGGGAAACGAAGCCGUAAGACGCAUGGACUGUACAGGACAGACAAGAGUCGACACACACACACAGAAAUGAGACACGACACACGUGAUGGAGAACGACACACCUGUCCAAUGUUCAACACAUUUGAUGGCAAAUGUCGGUCACUUGCUCAGGAAGUAUGUAGUCUUGGUGGCCAUGGUCGGGUGGGACACAGUGGUGGCCUCAUCGCAAAGGGCGCUGGCAUUUUUGCUGUCAUUCGGGGUUGUGGGUGCUGUAUCCUCUGUUGGUUUGCCAAGUGGCACUGGGUCCUCGUCAAUGGGCCUCAGCGCUGGAUUCUGUCUGUGCAGGCAUUUUCAUGGGCCGAUUCCGUCAGCCACACUCGAAAAUGCGAAAUCACGAAGAAUGACACAUUGUUACCAGUUCUCAUCGCCAAUCCAGCCUUUCAUCACCACGAAAUGAACUAUACGACCACCACUACCACAACCAAGACACGCCGACCACGAAGACGACCACAAUGUGUUCACAACAACCAUCGCGAACCACAACCACAACAAAUCCAUGCCAACAUGUCCACAACCAUGCACAUCCGCAACCAUGACCAUGCCCAGGAUAGCGGCAGUGUGCAGGUCGAGAGUGGCAACUGGAUGGAUGUAGGCGAGAAGCCUCCGGAUUAG